AUGACUCGCCAUACAAAGAAAAGAAAACAUUUACAAAAAAUUACCAAAGAUCGUGAACCUAAAAAACAAUGUUGUAGCAUUUAUAUGCUUAGUGAUUCUUUGAGUCAUAAAGAAUUAAAAAAUGUUCAAAACCACAUUAAUUC